AUGGCUGAAGCAAGUGAUCAGAGCAAACCAUUGCCAGUAGAAAAUGAUGAUGGCAACCCCUCAACUGUAGAAAGUGAAACCCAACCCAUGGAUGUAGUAAUCGAGACAACCUCGUCAUCAUCCGACACCAGUCUAUUGACAACCAUCGCCCUAAUCGGCGCAGCACUAACAACCCUCGGCGCCUUCGCCGCCUUCCUCAUCCAGCAAAGCUUCCACCUCCCCGGGCCGCACUGCUCCAUCCAACAGCUCUACGUCCCGGCGCUCGACACCUCCGCGCCGCCGCAAAACACCACCAACCCCUUCCUCUUCUUCGUCCUCGACCUCGAAAACAACCUGCAGAUCCGCAGCAUAUCCUACGGCGCCGUGACGCUCACCUUCUACUACGGCCGCAAGGCCGUCGGCAGCUACGUCGUCCCCGGGUUCUACCAGGGGCGGAAUCGGGCGGCGCGGAGGCGGGACGUGGUGGAGACGCGCGGCGUGCCGUGGGAGGACGCGGCGCGGGCGGUGGCGGGAGGGGGCACGGCGGGGUUCCGGGUGGAGUUGGCGGCGCGGCCGAGGUUCAAGAUAUUGUUGUGGUAUUCGAAGGAGAAGAAGGUGAGGGUGGUGGCGGAGGUGGCGGUGGAUGGGUCUGGGUUGAAAGCUGGGAGGGAUGAUGUUGUGAUGCAUAGGGUUGAAGAUUCUGGCGCUAUGGAGAGUGGGGUUAGGGUUAUGCUUUUGUUUUUUUAUGUUUUGCUUCUUCAUUGUUUCAUACAUUGA